AUGCUCCAGAUCCGGAACGCCUUGUCUGGGGAUGUUCUCCUGACCCUGACUACGAAAGAGCUGCUAGGGCUUGACGACGUGAAUGCCUUGAAGGCAAAACGCACCGGCGGAGGUGGAGUUGCUCCGCGUCCCGCGAGUCCCGUCGACGCUGCCCGGGAGCUUGUUUCCUAUGCAGCUGUGGAAGGUGAUGUCCAGGUGGCGGGCCAGCUGCUUGAAACGGGUGUGUCGGCUGAAGAGAUGCUUUGCGCUGUGGAGGGGGCAUGUGCCGGUGGUCACAUCGAUGUCGUGCGACUGAUGUUGCAAGCCGGCGCCUGUGUCAGCCGACAAGCUUGGACUUCGGCGAUGGACUCGGGGGACCUAGAGCUGAGUCGCAUGGUCAAUGAGCGAUUUGAAGAGAGGCACAAGAACCGCAAGCGCAGCGCAACGGGCAUGUGGACCUGUGGCUACUGCCAGAAGGUCUUCAAGAGCGAGCACUACUUAGACCUCCACCUGGAGCGAAAGCACCCGGACCAGGAAUUGGAGCUUCGGCUUUGA